UCACGACCAGUUGAGCCUUCCGUCCCAUAUUUCACGAAUCUUUAGGGAGUUUGAGAGAGCGGUCCGGCCGGCUUAACAAUGGCUCUCAAAGUCGUGCACGUGAUGGAGGUCCCCAGCCUCCACCAGGUCCCGGAGACUCCAUCCGCGGCCGCCCUCCUUCCCAGGGAGGCGGCGCGGGGGUUCGUGGUGCUGGGGCACCGAGGGAAGGGGAUGAACGCGCUGGAAUCAGCGGACCUGCGGAUGAGGGCCGUGAAGGAGAAUUCCCUCCUCUCCUUCAACCGCGCCGCCCUCUUCCCCAUCGACUUCGUCGAGUUCGACGUCCAGGUGACCAAGGAUGACUGCCCCAUCAUCUUCCACGACGAUAUCAUCCUCACUGAAGAUUCUGGCAAAAUCUUGGAGAAGCACGUCACCGAUCUUUACUUGGAAGAAUUCCUUUCCUAUGGUCCUCAACGAGAGCCCGGCAAGGUUGGCAAAUCAUUGCUCAGAAAAACCGACGACGGGAGAGUGUUGAAGUGGAACGUGGACGACGACGACUCCCUCUGCACGCUGCAAGAGGCAUUCGAGAAGAUCGACUCGCGUCUGGGCUUCAACAUCGAGCUCAAAUUCAUUGACCACGCGGUGUAUCUCGCUCGAGAUCUUACCCAUGCUCUUGAGGCGGUCUUGAAGGUCGUUUACGAACAUGCAAACGGUAGACCCAUCAUCUUCUCCACCUUUCAACCUGACGCGGCACAGCUGUUGAGGAAACUCCAGACUGCCUACCCUGUCUUCUUCCUUACCACUGGAGGCACCGAAACAUCUGAUGAUGUGAGAAGAAACUCACUGGACGAGGCCAUCAAGCUGUGCCUGGCAAGUGGCCUGCAAGGCAUCGUUUCCGACGUCAAAGGAGUGUUCAGAAACCCAUCAGCGGUGUCAAGCAUCAAAGCAUCCAACCUUUCCCUCCUGACUUAUGGCCACCUCAACAAUGUUCCUGAAGCCGUCUACAUGCAGCAUCUGAUGGGCAUCGACGGUGUAAUCGUGGAUCUCGUCGAGGAGAUAACGGAGGCUGUUUCAGAUUUCAUCACACCAACCUCGGUUGCGGAAGAACGCGAAGGCUUGUCUGAUGCAGUAGUAGAAGCGAGACAGGUGAAGGUGAGAGCGAGACCCAACUUCUCGCAGCGCGAGCUCUCGUUCCUGCUCAAGCUUAUACCUGAGCUGGUGCAACAUUAAUGUCAGUGGAAUCCAAGUAGGAAAAGUUUUGUUUAAUGAUUCACAGACUUCGAUAGAACAGCAAGGACAUCGAUUAGCUUUUCCCUCGA